GCGAAGAGAGAGAGGAGCUGUUCGUUUUCGUGGUUCAUAACUAUUGGGCGCUUUGAAAAAAAUCGUUUAGUAUUUUUAGCAAAGCAGCUGGCAUAUUGAAACUACGGCUGAUGUAAAUAUAACUGCAAUAUCUUGACACUGUUUUUUACGUUAAGGCGGGGGACUCUGCCUUUGUACUUACACCUUAGUAAGUUAUCUGUAAAGUUCGUUGUUGAUGCAGAGCACUUACUGCGGCUUGGGAAAAUAAAUCUCAGUGCCCUUGCUCUCAGUAAUAAACAAGUAGCUGUUUUAUGUGCAUCGGACGACCUGCGUAUCUGUUAAAGAGAAAGUUCCCGUGAAGCCGGUCAAGGAGAUGCCGCAGAUCAACGCAGUGGCUGUCAUUCAGAUUAGUCUGCUGCUCUCUGCUCUGCCCGCUCAGUAUCUCAUUUGCAAGUGGACUGGGAGUAAUGCUGCUCAACAGCAACGUGCCACACGACGACUACUCGGCACUUGGAAUAACUUUAGAACGUCCUAUUUAAAUCUGGAUGCCUGGCAGGACUGGCUGAGACACUGGGUUUCUAAAUUCACGUCCACUGAAGCUAGUGAAGAGGAUGAUCCCCAGGGUGAAUCGCCUGCACUGGAGGUGUUGCUUUUUCAAAAUGAACAGGGGUAUUUUGGAGGUUCUACAGACAUUCGCAGUCCAAGGUCCCCAGCAGUUCUGUAUCGGGUGGGACAGGUGGUCAGGGAAAAGGACAAAGAAAUGAUAGGAGUCAUUGUGGCCUGGGAUGAGAGAUUAAAGGCUCCUCCAGAUUGGACUAGGAAAAUGUACUCUAACAAAAAGCAUCUUGAACAUGUUCCGCACUAUAAGGUUAUUUUCAGUGGACCCAACCCAAAGGCAAUACUAGUGGGUUAUAUUCCACAGACCGCACUAGAGAGUGUUAUAGGCAUUAAGCCAGACAUCCCCACUUUGGAAUCUUACUUUACUCACUUUGAUGGAGAGCAGUUUAUCAUGCAGGCCUGGCUGAAGGCUCUCUAUCCUCACGACUGAAGGAAUUGCUGCAAUCAGAUCACUUCAAACAGAUUUUGUGUAAAACCUGUCAAAGUUCGCCAUCUGCGUGAACUCAUCUGGAAAAGACGUCACCAGGUCACGCAUCCCCCGAGCGCAGAUCGCGCAUCUCCUGACAGGUACUGCGCUGGAGCAGCCACGGCUUCAAACAACAGAGGAGCGGUAGCUGACAAAAGUGUGUCUGCAAGCAAACCCGAUCCUCACUCCAAGUGCUACUAGGCAGGAGGUGUGAAUAAUACAGAAAAGGAGCUUGUAUAAGUUACCACUAUUAUAUAACUCAGUGGUUUUGAACCCUGAUCUUGGAGUACCCAAUGUACUCUGUGCCUCUGCUGGUUUUUGUUCCAACCGAGCUGCUCUCAAUUAUUUCAUUCAACCCUUAACUAACAAUCUGCCUAAUCAGAGCCUUAAAAUCAUUUUAAACAGUUGGGGUUUCAAGUUAAGUAUAAAACUGUAUAAGGAACUUGAAUCCUCCAACAUUUUAUAAGCUGAACUAUCCAAAAAGUCAAAUUAAGCAAAUUAUUAGUUAACAUAAGGGUUCAAUUAGCAACUGUGAGCUUGGUUGGAACAAAGACCAGCAAGGAACAGGGUAGAAAACCAUUGAUAUAACUUUUAUAUUGUCAUUAAGCAGCCUUUGGGGAAAUAGAAACACCUGAUACCAUUUGAUAGAUGUGGUGUAAAUGUUAUGUAAUGAAAGCAGAAAUGUAAAGUUAUGAUUUUCUAAAAGUGGAAAGUCUAAGGAGAGUAAGUUAGAAUGUUCAACUAAAUCGGCUUCCAUGUUUGUUCUUUCUGCUUUGCAGCUAACCUCCAAAUUGUGUCCAAGCUCUGGCUACACAGACCGUGACGUCAGACGCAGACUCUCUUCUGCAAUCCAGCUGUCAAAAAGUAUUGUGAACGUAGCCAGUAUAAAAGAACAAAACAAAAGCAAGACUUUACGAAUAUUCUCGUAUGUCCUGCAGUUGUUGGACAGCAAAAAAAUGUCUACACUUCCACACUAGCUUAGUUCUUUAAAGAAAAAUUGCACUUAUCAAAAAAGCCGUACGUUUACCAAAACCAGCACAGAGCGAAGUGAAAAUUUCAAAAUCGCAAGCAAAGCAUUUCAGAUAUUCUGAAAAAAUAAAAAAAAUACACCUACUUAAAAAUAACAGAGAGAACCUAAAUGGCUGAAUGUUAAAGAUUUGUCGUUUUACCUUUUUUUUUUGGUACAGCAGGGCUCGAAAUUAACAACAGCCAUUGCCAUGGGUGCUCUUCUCAAUGGUCGCAAUGCCCAUCAAAACGUUUGCCUAGUCCAUUUUUUGUUUACAACAGUGAAACCAAGACAGUAAGAAAUAGUAUUCUACAUCAUUGUAUUAGUGUUUAUUAUCAUUAUUUGUCCAUCUUAUGAUAAAGGGAAGUUUGUUUUUUCGGUUCCUCUAUAAAUGCAACACAGUGCCCCAGCCCCAACCCUGAUAUUUCAGAGUUAUGCUGAUGUUAAGCUAAAAGUACAUCUAAUUUAUAAUACUGAAAGUUCACAUUUUAAAAAUACAUUAAUAAUAGCGUAAGUAAUCACAUGGACAAAAUGUAACGAACUGCUGAAGCAUGAGCAUAUCUCAAAAUAAUGCAAAGCGGAUGGCCAGUAGUGUUUAAUGCAGCAUGUAAAUAGCGUUUGCUACCUAAACGCCAAUCAAUGGAAUAAAAUAGUUAAUAAUACUUUAGUGUGUGGUUUGCCUACGAGACUGACAAUGACUGGUAUGCUGUCACAAGGAUGGCUUCAAGGGGCGUAGGUGGUGACUUCAGCAUCCAGGAAGCAGCACACAAACAGAGGUACGGGGCUGAAACGGCUGUAGCCAUAUAUUUAUUAAAUAAUAAAGCAAAAACACUUGCACAAAACACAAAAAGAAAAGGAUGCUCUGGCCAAAACAAAACAAAAACUUAGUGCAAAAACAAGUACCUUCCCUUCUAAUGAGCCCGGAGUGGGUCUAAUUAUAUUCUGAGGCUGGAGUUUUAACUACGUAUUAAUCAAAUAAUUACCUUAUUAAUGCCCCAGCCACAUUCCCACGAGAUUUACAGGGACACCAGCUACAUAUUACAAGACCGUUUUUUCACCGGUCUUAAAAAAUAAAUAAUAAACGAUUGACGGUUCCCAUCCACCUGCACACAAACGUCAAUAAUAAUACAAAUGAAAACAAUAUUAAUACAUAAAUAAAUAUACACAAGAGGUGGGCACCCUGUCAGAUAUGCAUAGGGUUUGUUGUAUCUUAAUAUAAAAUAAACUUGAUUAUACUUCUUUUGUAUUUUUAGCAGUAUUAGCAAUAACAAGUAUGUCUCUGCACGCGUACGUGACUUUUUUUAAUCCCACGAUAUCGCGAUAUGGGAAUUAUCAAUAUCAUAUAAAUAUAUAGAUAUUGGUGCCCAUCCCUACUAAUUAUUAUUGGUCAUUUUCCUGGUCACUGGAAGAGGAAACUGGAAGCCCACUUUAUGAAUUACAUCACAUCCACAUCCCAGGACUGAGCCUCAUAAAAUAUGACAUGACAUUAAUGUGUUGGAAGAACUAUUAAUAUUAUUGCUAGU